AUGUUCAUGCUCAGACACAAACCCAUCCACCUCUUCAAACGCGUUCCCUCCUCUCUUCCAUUUUGCUCAUUCUCUGCUUCUAACUACCUUAACUGUCAGCUUGACUCUUUCCUCUCCAACCAAAAUUCAAAUCUCCAAUAUCUCUCUCAAUCCCAUGCUCUCAUUGUCACUUCUGGAAACUCAAACAACAUCUUCAUAGCCGCAAAGCUAAUCUCUCUCUAUGCGUCUCUCAGCAAACCCACUUUUUCCACCAAAGUUUUUGGUUCAGUUUGUCCCAAAGACACCUUUCUUUGGAACUCCAUAAUCAAAACCCAUUUCUCCAAUGGCGAUUACUCAAAAGCCCUUGAUUUCUUUUUCCAAAUGCGAGCUUCGGGUUUCGCUCCUACCCAAUUUACUCUUCCAAUGGUCGUUGCCUCCUGCGCCGAGCUAAUGUUGCUAGAACAUGGCAACAAUGUUCAUGGGUUGGCUUCAAAACUCGGGCUUUUCUCAGGUAAUUCGGCAGUUGGGUCUUCGUUUGUGUAUAUGUAUUCAAAGUGUGGUCGAAUGGAGGAUGCAUAUUUUAUGUUUGAGGAAACUACUGUGAGAGAUGUGGUUUGUUGGACCGCGCUUAUCAUCGGGUAUGUGCAGAAUGAUGAGAGUGAGAAGGGUUUGGAGUGUCUUUGUGAGAUGCAUAGGGUUGGUGGCUCUGAUGAGAGGCCAAAUUUUAGAACAUUGGAAGUUGGGCUUCAAGCUUGUGGGGAUCUGGGUACUCUGGUAGAAGGUAAAUGCUUGCAUGGUUUUGUAGUAAAAAGUGGAAUUGGGUGUUCCGAAGCUGUUAAAUCUUUGCUUUUGUCCAUGUAUUCCCGAUGUGGGGCACCUGGUGAAUCUUAUCUUUCGUUUUGUGAAAUAAAAGAUAAAGAUCUUCUAUCAUGGACUUCAGUUAUUGGUGUUUAUGCCAGAUCAGGUUUAAUGGAUGAAUGCUUAAGUUUGUUCCAGGGAAUGCAGGUCAGUGAUAUUUUCCCAGAUGAAAUUGUAGUCAAUUGCAUGCUUUCAGGAUUUAAAAAUUCCACAACUAUCAACGAAGGAAAGGCCUUCCUAGGAUCAGUCAUAAGGAAAAACUAUGCACUGAGUCAGAUGGUUCAUAGUGCACUGUUAUCCAUGUACUGCAAGUUUGAGUUAUUGACUCGUGCAGAGAAGCUCUUUUUUGGAAUGCAGCAUCAAAACAAAGAGUCUUGUAAUACUAUGAUUUGUGGCUAUGCUAAGAUGGGACUACAUGUAAAAUGUAUAGAACUGUUUAGGAAGAUGCAACAUCUAGGCAUUGAAGCUGAUUCUAAUAGCUCGGUCUCUGUGAUUUGUUCGUGUUUCCUGUUGGGAGCAAUCCAUCUUGGGCGAUCACUUCAUUGCUACCUAAUUAAGGUUUCUAUGGAUGAAAAUAUAUCGGUAGCCAAUUCACUCUUAGACAUGUAUGGAAAAAGCGGUCAUUUGAACAUUGCAAGGAGAAUUUUUAGUGGGACACAGAGAGAUAUUAUAACAUGGAACACAAUGAUCUCAUCUUACACUCACGCUGGACAUUCUGCCGAGGCUAUAGCCCUAUUUAAAAAAAUGAUUGCAGUAAAUUUCAACCCCAAUUCAGCAACAUUGGUAACAGUGCUUUCAGCUUGUUCUCAUCUAGCAUCUCUGGGAGAAGGUGAAAAGAUUCACAGUCACAUUAAGGAAAGACGACUUGAGAUCAAUUUAUCUCUUGCCACUGCAUUAGUUGAUAUGUAUGCAAAAUGUGGGCAGCUUGAGAAAUCAAGAGAACUGUUUGACUCAAUGGAAGAGAGGGAUGUCAUUUCUUGGAAUGUCAUGAUCUCAGGUUAUGCAAUGCAUGGACAUGCAAAGCCUGCAUUAGAAAUUUUCCGCAAGAUGGAAAAUUCAAAUGUUAAACCAAAUGAACUCACAUUUCUUGCUCUUCUCUCAGCCUGUAAUCAUUCUGGACUUGUUGAAGAAGGGAAAUAUCUGUUUGGUAAAAUGCAAGAUCUUUCUCUGAAACCAAAUUUGAAGCACUAUGCUUGUAUGGUAGAUAUUCUUGGAAGGUCUGGUAAUCUGCAAGAAGCUAAAGAUUUGGUUCUGUCAAUGCCUAUUCCUCCUGAUGGUGGCGUGUGGGGGUCGUUGUUAAGUGCCUGUAAGAUUCACAAUGAAAUUGAAUUGGGUGUAAGGGUUGCCAGGCACGCUAUAGAAUCUGAUCCAGAAAAUGAUGGCUAUUAUAUAAUGCUUUCUAACCUGUAUAGUUCUGUUGGAAGGUGGGAGGAAGCUACAAAUGUGAGAAAAAUGAUGAAUAAAAAGGGCAUAGGAAAGACACAGGGUUGGAGUGUUGUCUAA